AUGGCUGCCCCGAAGAGGAUCGGCCUCUCCGCUGUGAUGGUUGCAGCCUCGCUGGCGGCCAUCGUCGUCAUGCUGCUGCCCGCGGAAGCGAGGGCGGAGGCGGCGUCGGCGGCCCGGCGGAGGCUGAGCCGUAGCCGCAGGAACAUCAGCUGGUACAAGCAGCACUCGGACUUCUGGAACUGGUACAAGUACUUCACCGACAACGGCAACCAGGAGGCGGUUCAGGAGCUGGACCGCAUCUACCUGGCCUACCUCCAGAACAAGAACCGCGCCGAAGGCCGUCGCUCGUACAAGGCCUACCUGCGCCACCUGGGGGACAUCUACAAGACGUGCGCCGACUCGGACGACCCCAACUGCGUGGCGUCCCACACCGGCAGGCCCAAGCCCGAGCCCCCCAAGCCUGCGCCGCUCAAAACAUGCGACCCCACCAAGGACGCCUCCUGCCUGUACGCCGCCCUGGUGGCCGGAAAGAGUCCCUACCUGCCGCUGGUGUUACCCGCCGCCGCGCCUCCGGUUAAGGCCCUUGCCCCUCUUUUUGCGCGGUCCGCCGCCCCAGCAAAAGCUCCUCAGUCGGGUUACUACUACGCACCGUCGUCAGUUUCUUUCCUGUCCAAGGAGCAGAAGGCCGAGCUGCUGCGCAUCUGUGCGGCCGAGGACGUCGAGUGUCUGCAGUACCACCUGAGGGCCGCCUAUGGUUACUCGCCCUCUGCCGGGACGCCGCCGGCUUACGCCCACUUGGGCUGCGACCCCCAGACGGAUCCCGCUUGCAAGCCCCAGCUGGUGCAGAAGGCCCCCUCUGGCCUCUAUCUGAAAUACCCUAACUGUGACCCGCUCAGCGACCCGUACUGCGCCUACGCCGCCUCCCAAGUGGUGACCCCCAACCCGCCUUCCCCGGCUGGCCCCGGGUCCUGCAAUCCCCUCUUUGAGGACGGUUGCAACCCCCUGACCGCCACCAAAUACGCCACGCCCCCAGAGGCGUACAAACAGGGCGAAAGUGAGGAGGCGGCCUCCAUCCCCGCCCCCCCUCCCGCCGCAGACCACUACAGCGAUCCCUACGGCAUGUAUAGAGAUGCUAAUGCUAAUGCUGACAGAGUCACCGACCUUUACGCCAUGUACCGCCAGGUUAGCGCCCCGGUCCCCCCGCCCGCCAACGACCCGUACGCGAUGUUGCGCCGCUUCAUGGCCCACGCUCAGGGCAGCGACCCGUACGCACCCCGCACGGAGGCCACGCCCGAGUCCAACUCCAACGAUCCCUUCUCUGCCAUGAGAGGUGCCACGGUCACCACGCACCGCCACGGCCACCACGGUGCCCGGCAACACUACUCGUUCUCUCACCCCGCUUAUGAGGAGCCUACCCGGGAAGAGCGCCACCCUCUAGGCCCUCCAGGUAAAACUAAGGAGGGCUACGACUGCUUCAUCGGCUACGACCGCGAGUGCUUCCCGGUGCAGUCGGCCGAGCCUCGGUCGGGCGCCCACCGACGCAUCCCCUACCCCGCCGAGGCCUACGAGCCCCACCUGAACGGCGACGGCACCCGCAAGGGCGUUCUGGAGCCGCCCAACCCGCACUGCGACCCCGAGUACGACCGCGACUGCCGCUUGCGCCGCUUCGAACCCGAGCAGCCGCGCCACGAGGCCCAACCCGAGCGCCACGAGGCUAAACCGGAGGCGGCGGGCGGCGGGCUGCAGCCGGAGCGGGACCCUUCCGAGGCCGAGCCUUACCAGAGCGGCCAGGAGGAGCCUCACGUGUCCAACCAGCCGCCGCCCCCUCAGGGAAUGCCCAGCCUGCAGGACAUACUGAAGCACUUCGGCGACCAGUUCCCGGAACAGGACGACUACCGCAAGAAAUAA